AUGAUUGCCAAAAUCGUACUUCUGGUAGCGGGAGUGGCGUGUGUGAGCGCGCAGCACUACUCUCACGGCACGGCCGUGUCCUCGCAGUCCAUCGUCCGCCACGACCUGUCGCACGGCCAGCAGUACGCACCCCUCAUCCAGCACGCCGCCCCCGUCAUCCAGCACGCCGCCCCCCUCAUCCAGCACGCCGCCCCCAUCAUCCAGCACGCCGCUCCCCUCAUCCAGCACGUCCAGCACGUCGCGCCCGUGCAGCACGUCGCCCACUCCGCGCCCCUCGUCAGCCUGCAAGGCGGACACCAGAUUGAGGCGUACAACACCCACCCCAAGUACGAGUUCGAGUACAGCGUGUCGGACCCGCACACCGGCGACAUCAAGUCCCAGCACGAGGCCCGCGACGGAGACGUGGUCAGCGGCUCCUACAGCCUGCACGAGGCUGACGGCUCUGUGCGCACGGUGCACUACAGCGCCGACGACCACAGCGGCUUCAACGCCCAGGUGGAGCACUCCGGACACUCGGCGCACGCGCAGCCCGCGCAUCAGCUGCUCGCCCAUCAUUAA